AGAAAGUCAAUGGUCAAAGAUUCAUCAGCAGAAGCUGCAAAUUAGCUCAAGUCAGCAAAAUUUUCAUCCAGACUCACUUGGAAAAGUACUACCAAUAUCUUCAACAACUUUUUCGUGCGGCUAUUUCCUCGUUCGGACAUUAUCCUAAAACCUUGUAUUGAUCUCAUGGGCUUUGAUAGUUCACCUCAAAAACAAAAUUAAGCAAAAAAGAACAAAAAAUCCCCCAAAAUGGAAGCUUUUCCUCUUCAUCAAAUCGCAGUCGACAAAUUGUUAGUCUACAUCAAUAGAUCACACACUUUUAUCCACUCCACGGUGUUAAUAUGCAUGAUUGUCUACAGGGUUUCUUCAUUUCUCUUCAACAAAGAUUCCCAAGCAAUCCCUUUAAUUCCUUGGCUGUUAAUCUUUUCUUCUGAGCUUCUCCUUGGCUUCAUUUGGCUCAUGAAAUCUGCCUAUAACUGGAGGCCUAUCUCUCGUUCUGUCUUUCUUGAAAGAUUGCCACCUGAUGAUGAUCUUCCUCCAAUUGACGUUUUCAUAUGCACUGCUGAUCCCGUCAGAGAGCCACCCUUGAAAGUUAUGAACACUGUUUUAUCCUCCAUGGCUCUCGAUUAUCCACCGGGGAAGCUCUCUGUUUAUCUUUCUGAUGAUGCAGGCUCGUCUUUGACCCUUUAUGCUAUUCAUGAAGCCUGGGACUUUGGAAGGUUAUGGGUUCCAUUUUGCAGGAAAUACGCGAUCAAGAAUGGAUGUCCUGAGGCCUAUUUUUCGACAACUAUUGAAGAUCAUGGUAACAAAAUUGGGUUCCAAGAAGAACGGAAAAAUAUUGAGGUGGAGUAUGAGAAGUUCAAGGAGAGAUUGAGGAUAGCUGGAGAAAGUAUAGGGGCUAAAAGUAGUCAAGAUCACCCUGCCAUGAUUGAGAUAAUAGGCUCCAAAGAUCCAGUAAUAGCAGAUCCCGAUGAUGCCAAGAUGCCCCGGGUGGUUUAUGUUUCUAGAGAGAAAAGACCAUCUCAUCCCCAUAAUUUCAAGGCUGGAUCCCUGAAUGUUCUUCUUCGGGUGUCUGGCAUCAUAAGCAACAGCCCUUACAUAUUGGUAUUGGACUGUGACAUGUACUGUAAUGAUUCAACAUCGGCCCGUCAAGCAAUGUGCUUCCAUCUGGACCAGAAAAUGCGUUCUUCCCUUGCUUUUGUCCAAUUUCCACAGAAAUUCGGUAACAUUAGCAAGAAUGACAUAUAUGAUGCUGCUCUGAGAUAUAUAUUUGUGGUCAUGUGGCCUGGUAUGGAUGGGCUUAGGGGACCAAUAUUGUCUGGUACAUGCUUUUACAUCAAAAGAGAAGCACUAUAUGGGCGUAGCAGAGAAAAAGAUGUGGAUCUCGUUCAGCUCAAGCAAUCCUUUGGCCCGUCCAAUGAAUUCCUAAGAUCACUUAAAACAACCAGCCACAGCGAUAACAAGGUCAUUGAUGAUCAGGACUCUGUGACUGCACUGCUUCAAGAAACAAGAUUUGUAGGCUCCCCAACUUAUGAGACAAACACAGCCUGGGGUAAAGAGAUAGGUUUCUUGUACGAUUCUGUGGUGGAAGAUUACUUCACAGGAUUCAUUUUGCACUGCAGAGGAUGGAGUUCUGUCUUCUGCAAUCCCCAAAGGCCAGCAUUUUUGGGGAGCUCUCCCACUAAUUUGAGUGACACAUUAAUUCAGGGCACGAGAUGGAAUACCGGAUUGCUUGAGGUUUUCCUUUCAAGGUUCUGUCCUAUUAUUUACGGGUUAGGAAGAGUCCCUCUUCUCGAUUGCAUGUGUUAUGCCUACUUCUCUGCUCAGCCUCUGUACUGCUUCCCGGUUUGGUGUUUGGCUAUUGUGCCUCAGUUGUGUCUGUUAAAUGGCAUCCCAGUGUAUCCCAGGGUAUCAAGUCCUUGGUUUAUCCUGUAUUCAGUUGCUUUCUUAUCAACUCUUGGCAUCCAUCUGUGGGAUGUUCUCAGAACAGGAGGAACAACAAGGAUUUGGUGGAAUGAAUGGCGUGUAUGGAUGAUAAAAUCAGUUACAGCAUAUUUCUAUGGAAGCUUGGAUGCUUUCUUGAAGUUAUUUGGUGUCAAAGAAGCCAGUUUUGUGCCCACAAAUAAAGUUGCUGAUGGUGAACAAGUCAAGAGAUAUCAAUUGGGCAUAUAUGAUUUCCAAGCAUCAACAAUGCUACUUGCACCAUUGGUCACACUGGUCAUAUUGAACACGGUGUCCUUCAUCUGGGGAAUUGGAAAAUCGACCCUUGCUGGUGGAUGGGGAGAAUUGUUUGGGCAAAUCUUCCUUUCAUUUUUCAUCUUGAUUGUGAACUAUCCCAUAAUUGAAGGAAUGAUGUUGAGGAAGGAUAAGGGACGUAUUCCACCGUCUGCCACUUUGUUCUCUUUGGCGUGCUCGUUCCUAAUCUUGCUUUUGGGCUAUACUGCUUUCUUUAGGGGAGCUGAAAUGCAGGUAUUGCUAAAAGCUAAUGUAAGUUCUAUACAGAGUAUGCUAUUUUUCCUUUUUUCUCUCUUUUCCUUGUGAAAAUAGUUACAGGACAGGACCAUUUAAUCCGGAUUUCCAAAAUUCAAGCAAUCAAAUCAAGAAUAUUUUCUGUUUUCUUUUGCCAACCAUAGCUAAAGAAGAUUAUGGUGAUCGUUCAUUUCCAUUCUUUCACCUCCUUUUGGAGCAUCCAUGCAUACUUUCCACUCUAUGGGUAGCAGUCAUCUCUGUUGAUCCUUCGGCCAAGUGAAGGGCUUCGUCAACUCUAUCAAAC